AUGCCCAUUGCAGAUUGCAGUAAAGUACUGAAGACUCUCUGUGCUCUUCUGAUCUGUGUUGCCAGUGCUGUAUAUCUGAACAUUUGCUUGUGGAAAGACACAUACGACAUAGGAGGAGGCCCCCAUGGCAACCCCAUCUUCAGCUAUGCCAGUGCAUGUACACAAAGAAUCAUAGGAGGUGAUGAGGUAACGCCAUACUCCAUCAGCUAUCAGGUGUCCAUCCAGUUCAACAACCGCCACUACUGCGGGGGAACGCUCAUACACCCACAAUGGGUUGUCUCUGCUGCCCACUGCUGGAGACCGAGCUACCUGAUCAAGGUGGUCCUCAGCGAACACAACCUCUAUGUCAAAGAGGGAUUUGAACAGGUGUCCAAUGUCUCCAGACUCAUUGUGUACUACCGCUACAACUACCGCACCUUCGACAAUGACAUUAUGCUGGUUAAGCUGGAGCGCCCUGUGGAACUCAAUGCCAACAUCCAGCCAGCGCCGCUGCCAACCGAGGCCACCCCCCCACUGACAGGGGGCACUGUGUGCACGGUGAGUGGCUGGGGCGUGACCAAGGUCUACAGCUACUACCUGUCCCCCGUGCUGAGGGCCGUGGACGUGAACAUCAUCCACAACUGCCAGUACUACUACUACUUCAGGAUAUCAGAGAACAUGGUGUGCGCCGGCUCCUACUUCGGGGGCAAGGACUCCUGCCAGGGCGAUUCGGGCGGCCCGCUCAUGUGCAAUGGUAACUUUGAGGGCAUCGUCUCCUGGGGCAUCAGCUGUGCCAACCCCUACUUCCCCGGCGUCUACACCAGAGUCCGCAACUACAUCCGCUGGAUCAACUGGAUCAUCCAGAACGACAGCUCCGAUUAGAGCCGUCCACAAAGAGACUGAGGCCCUUGGGCCAAGCACCUACCAGAGACACAGAGUGUCUGGGUGUGUGUGUGU